AUGGAGUGGUGGUUUACAAGGCCGGACAACGGAAAGGCGCAGGAGGGGCGGCCGUUGGAGCAGCAUGCGGUGAUGUCCAGCACGACCAGCUGUCACUACGUGAUGCAGACUGAUGCCAAUCCUUCAGCAGCGAGCAGCACUGGCCAUGCUGAGCUGCUUGAGACCACCGGCGCCGGCAGCAGCUUGGAUGGCGCGCUGGCUGCGUUUCCGGCGCUGCAGCAGGCAGGAGAGAUGGCGGCGGCGGCGGUGAGCGCGCGAAUUAUGAGCGGUGGUGCUGCUGGGCUGCCGCUGGAGGCUGCCGAUCGCCGGGGCUGGGCCCCGAGCUUUGCGGUGGUCAACUGUUACGCACACGGCGGCGCAGGGCUGGGCGCCCACUCUGAUCGCUUGACGGCCCUUGGCCCAGCUCCCAUCAUUACCAGCCUCACCCUCGGGGCCACCCGCUGCUUCCGUCUGCACCGCACUUGCCUGUACCAGCUGCACAGUGGCAGCGGGGGCGGCGGCAGCGCUUCGGCGCAGGAGGCCGGCGCUUCAGACAUCGUCCCCAAAACUUCCAAGCCCAUCCACCCGCACAAGAUCAGCGGGGUGGCACGAUUCAACAUCACCUUCCGUCGCCUCAAGCCACAGUGGCAGCAGCAGGCGCCGCUGUGCCGCUGCGGGCGCCCGUCGGUGAUGAAGGCGCAUUCUGCCAGGCAGCCAAUUGCGCAGUUGGGAAAGCAGGUGCCGUCGCAGGUGUUGCGCUACUACUACACCUGCGACAACUCCCAGGGGCCCAAGUGCGCCUUCUUCAAGCAGUCCCCGCACCAGGUCGCCCUCUGA